CGCAGAGCCGCGUUCGGGCCGCGCCGCAGGUCAGAGCUGGGAGAAUCAAGCACGAUCAGAGGCAAACUUCACUCAACCCGUGUCAGGAGCUGAUCAGAAUCCAAGGCACAGCAGCAGCUGAUUGGCACUGGGGGGCAGAACACCUCCACUCACUGCCUCCACGUUGCUUCAAGCAAGUUCCUUGCUCCCGUCGUACUGUCCAUGGGCUGAAUAAAAGUUGUUAACUCUUGGCUUGACUUGUCAUCCUUUGGGGGAGUAAAACUGAGGUCGGACUGUCCAUUCAAUGGUGUACUGUUAAAGGAGCACGACCUGAAGUGGGGUAUCUCAGAGGUGAGAGUGACUGGUUCUUCAAGUCUGCCUAGGACUCCUUGGAGAGGCAAUAAGGAGAGUAAGAAGAUGCAAUGGGAAUUAUGAAGUGAAUGCAAUAGCUUCAUUGGAACAGCUCUGCACAUUGCCACGCCUGCUUGUUAAGAAGCAACUACUGUUGUUUUGAGGACAAUUUAGGGAAAAAGCCAUUUGAGCAUUUCUGCAGCUUUUAUGCAUUAAUCAAGAAAGUCAAUACACAGACGAAGGAGAGGUGCAAAUAUGGCAAAGGCUGCUAAGGAGAUACAAAUGGAGAACCCGAGCGAGCUGGAGACUCCUAGCGUGGGGACACCAUGUCCCCCAUUGGAAGAACAGGCAGAAAAACCCUCCAUGCUCUGUUUUAAGAAGCGGAAGAAGUCCUGUAAGAAGGGGCUGACAGCUAAGGAUGCAUGUGCGGGAGCUUCUGGAGCCUCGGAGGAGAAAAAUCAAUGCAUCAGCACAGACCCAGGGGAGGCAAAAGCUUCUGCUCGAUUGCGACCCUCCAGAGGAGCCUGGGCAGCUCUCAAAAGUCUCACAAAACCUCGGAGAGGGCAGAAAUCCUCUUCACGGAAGAAGGUGUCUUCUGAUUCCCAGGUGCAGCUAGAGAUGGAUGUGGAGGACAGCUGUGCACAAGGUCUUCCAAGGAAAAAGGCCAGCACAGGGGUGAAGAUGCCCUGUGUGCGCUUCUUGAGAGGCAAGAAAAAGCCCAGCCCUUCAGAGGUGGUGGAGGAGUCAGAGGACAGCGUUCAAGCAAACGAAGUGAUGGGCAUUUUGAAUAAAGCCAUUGAAGAGCUGGAGGACAUGGCCCCAGCAGAGCCCUGCAACAAGGCUGAGACUCUCAGUCUGCUCCCUGCAGAGGACAUGGCCCCAGCAGAGCCCUGCAACAAGGCUGAGUCCGUCAGCCCCCUCCUUGCAGAGGACAUGGCCCCAGCAGAGCCCUGUGACAAGGCCAAAUCCCAUAGCCUGCUCCCUGCACAAAAUUCGGCCCCAGCAGAGCCCUGUGACAAGGCUGAGUCCCUCAGCCCACUCGCUGCAGAGGACAUGGCCCCAGCAGAGCCCUGUGACAAUGCCAAAUCCCAUAGCCUGCUCCCUGCACAAAACUCAGCCACAGCAGAGCCCUGUGACAAGGCUGAGUCCCUCAGCCCACUCUCUGCAGAAGAUGUGGCCCCAGCAGAGCCCUGUGGCAGUGCUGUAGCCCUAAGCCUGCAGCCUGCAGAGGACAUGGCCACAGCAGAGCCCUGUGACAAGGCUGAAGCCCUAAGCCCGCUGCCUGCAGAGGACCAGGGCAUAUCAGCAGAAGGUGCCAAUGCCAAUGGGAGGAGUGAGUCCUCGGGAGAGGCCAGACCAGAAGUGGAUGAACAUGCAGAGUGCAUCGCUCAGUCAGAAAUAACCAGUUUGGAGCCUGUCAAUGAACCUGUGCAGGAAAAGCUGCCUGAGGGGAGUCAAUCUGCAGCCCAAGUGGAAGAGAGGGAAGUCACUCCUGAAGCACCGGUUUCCACAGAUCAACCCAAUGGCACCCCUGAAAUCACCGAGGUGCAGGAAAUAGCCACAAUCUGCAAGGAGCUUCCUGAAAGGGAUGAGUCGGAGAGGAACACUGAUCUCCCCAAGGAGUGCAAAUCUGAGGAGACCACGAUGGAUUUCAGUCCAUCGGUGUCUAAGGAUGAUGCAAUGAGUGUGCAGAGCAGCUCCAGCCAUCAGGAGAAACCUGAAGUCAACAUGGGCACCAGCGUUGGUAUCGUCAUCACCAUCACUGAAGCCGUGGACUCUGACGACACCGAUUCUGACCAGGCCUAUGAGCCAUCCCCGGUUUUACACCACAAGAAGCAAAAAGGGAAUAAAAAAUCCAGUGGGAGCUUUGAUUUUGGUCAAAAAGAAGGCCCUGGGGCUGGCAGUGAUGCUGUGGUGGAAGAGAAAGGUCUGGGCGAGAAGGAGCACAGGACUUCAGAUCAGUACGAGUUGCUCCUCAUAGAAACGGCGUCUUCCCUUGUGAAGGCGGCCAUCCAGUCAUCCAUAGAGCAGCUGGUCAACGAGAUGGCUUUGGAACAGAAUAAACACAACAGUUUUCUGUGAGGGUGAUGAUGCCCCCAGAUUAGGGUGAUUCCAAGCUACUUUGGCCUGAGGAGGGAAGCAAGAGGACUCUGGAGGCCACUGCUUAGUUAACUCUGCAUGCCUGUGAAGUUGUGUGUGUGUUCACGUGUAUGAAGCUGGUGCUGGGGCAUGGGACGGGCCGUGCUGAGCACAGCGAGUGCACUCGGCCUGGCUGCAGGAAAGUGCAAGUGUUGUGGUGUUUUCAUUUACUAGCAUCUUUAUGUUGAGGCCGUGUUUCUGCUGUCUUCCAUUCCAGACUUCCCUGCUGUUAGUGGUUUAAACGUUAAUGUGCUUUUAGGAGGAGGCUCCGCAGGCAGCGGGAAACCUCCUGCCACUGGGUUCGGUUCAGUGAGCGUUGAGCACAGCUGGAGGUUUGCUCAGUGGGUACAAGGGAGGGAGAAGGGGCUGAGAUGUGCAGUCAGUGGCAUCGAUGCCAAGCAGUUAGCACUGCAUUCGGAGGUAUAGGAAACCGUGGUCUGAAGUCCCAUUAGGUAGAACUGAGCGAAUGCAGUGAGCAGCACAGUUUGGCCAGCCUAAGGCCCCAGCCUACUCCUCCGGCCUAUUCCCUUGUCAGAAGCAGCCUGUGUAUCAUCCAUCCCACUGCAGUGCAGCAUCAGGUCUCCUUGCUGACUUCAGGCUGCACAAACACCAAGAGCAUGCCCUCGCUUUGUCUGCUGGGGCCCAUUGCACUGCUAAGUACAGGCCUCCCCAUGGUGUAGUGAUGAGGGCCAGGCUGGAGCAU